UUUUGUUUUUUUUGUUGGGUUUUUUCUCUUCAUCUUUCUGGUUCUUCUUUUUCCUUUUUUUGUUUGUUUUCUGCAAUGCAAAAACCCUAAAAACCUUGAUCUUCAUCGACCCAUUUCCUAUCUCAACCCGACCCGAUCUGGGUCUGAUCCCAUUUUUCUGCUCCUGUUUCAACACCAGCGAAAGGGAAACCCAGAUAAGUUGUUGAGACAGAGAUUAGGGAGGAAAAGAAGUAUACUCAAAAAGGAGUGAAAAGGGUUAUAUUUUUUUUUUUGGUUUUGGGGAGAGAAAGAGGGGGGGAGAAAUGUACAAGAACCAGCUGCAAGAGCUGGCGCAGAGGAGCUGCUUUAAUCUUCCUUCCUACACGUGCAUUAGGGAAGGUCCAGACCACGCGCCGAGGUUCAAAGCCACCGUUAACUUCAACGGCGAAACCUUUGAGAGUCCUCACUACUGUUCUACGCUCCGUCAAGCUGAACACUCCGCCGCCGAAGUCGCCCUUCAAUCCCUCUCUAAUCGUGGACCUUCUCACUCUCUUGCCGCCAGAAUCCUAGAUGAGACAGGGGUCUAUAAAAACCUCUUACAGGAAAUUGCACAAAGAGUUGGAGCGCCAUUGCCGCAGUAUACAACAUUUAGAUCAGGCCUUGGACACCUGCCUGUUUUUACAGGAACAGUUGAAUUGGCUGGAAUCACAUUCACAGGGGAACCUGCUAAGAACAAGAAGCAAGCAGAAAAGAAUGCGGCCAUGGCAGCUUGGACAUCUCUAAAACAAUUGGCAAAAGAAACUGCAAGUUCUUCUUCAGAGCCAGAGAACAAUGAUGAGCUUGAACAGAUCACAAUAGCUCGAGCGUUAUUAAAUUACCGAAUAAAGGAAAAGAUGGCCAUGGCAAACUCCUCCAGUGCCCCAAUACCAUUUACAAAGAGGUUUCCUAUUCAGAAUCCAAGACCAACAAGUCCACAGCCUCCUGCUACCACCUCAAAAAUCCUUCCUUUAAUCUGCCCGAAGGUAGUUCCUCGAAACAGAUCUAUGUCAGCAACAGCAAAUGACAAACACAUACUGCCACAGUUGCAAGCAUCUAUACCGGAAAGCCGUGGGACUCGUCCACAGAAAUUCCCUGCAGCUGGAGCAGCUCCUUAUGUUCCCAUCCGACAGUUUAGGACACCAUGCCAUGGCAUUGCUCCACCAGUGACGAUAAGAACUGCAGUGCCUGUUUUCUCUGCACCUCCACGUCCAGCACCAUCUGCAGUAUCCUCUCAGCCACCAGCAUCUGCAGUUCCUACUCAGCCAGCGCAAUCUGUUCUUCCUGCUCAGCCACCACAAUCUGCAGUUCCCUGUCAGCCAUCACCAUCUACACUCCCCACUCAAGUGCUGCGAGCUCCUCCUGUACGUAUUGCUCCGGCUGUCACUAUUAGGCAAGUGGUUCCAGUAUUUGCUGCUCCACCAGUACGAAAAGAAGAUAUUCCAUCUGUUAGAAAUGAAGAUGUUCCAACUGUUAUUGCUUCUGCCUUGCCCAACAAAUCACCUGCUCAAGUAGAGGAAGCUGCAAGCACAAUAGCAAAGAACCUGCGAGAAAUUGAGACAGUACAGAGCAUAGAACAACUCAAAAUCUGAUGGUAGUUAAGGAGAGCAUUUGAGGCAAUAGGACAAGAGCUAUGGUUUUGUGUUGGUAUCAAGUUUGUUUUGUUACUUUUUGUCAUCUCAUCAUAUGAGUGUUUUUAUCUUUAUCCUCUCUGUUUUCUUUUCUUCUUUUUUUUGGUUUACCAUCCUUUUUGUUUCCUUAGAAGCUACAGUUUCUGCAGGUUAAGGUAGUGUCAGCAGUCCCAUAUCAUUGCAAUUAAAAGUUAUACUAUGUCUAGAGUGAUGUUGCAAGGGCAAUUAUUAUUUAGUUUAUUUUUAUUACCCCUUGGAGGGUAGCUUCCCCUGCUCAACCUUGGCAAAGAAAUGAAGAAUCCCUGAUGAGUGAUGACUGAUGUUAUGCUUGCCAAUUUGGGGGAAUUGCUCCUCUUCCUUCGCCAUGCUCCUUAUAAUAUGAUUCUGU